CAUGUCUCGAGUACACGAAUUUCGGGACUCGGAAUUUAUUUAUUUGUCAGAUAAAUAUGUUUAGGAGAUAAUGUUUGUAUAUAUAAUUAAAAGUUUAUCAACUCAUUAGUUGAAAUGUGUUUACAUAGAUAAGUACUUCAGAUCUACUCUCGGCGAUUCUCUUUAAUCUAAAUGGAAAUAUUUAAUUUGAUACAUAAAAAAUAAGCAAAAAUGUCCGGGGGCGCAAAUAGAAAAAAAACCACCCGCUCUCAGGGAUGGGAAGAAGCUGGCUCUGAAUUUUAUCAAGAAAGUUACCCUGGAGACUCCGAAAUAGAAGUUUUGCAGAGGGAUCCUAAACACUUGCACACACUUUUACCAAGCAAACAAACUCGGGGAGGAGCUACUAUUCGUAUAAAAACUAACGACUACAGGACCAAUAAUAGAACUAUUAGAAGGUACACUGCCACAAGAUCUCGUAGGGAGUCUACUGUGCACCGUAGAACUUCUUUAGCUGGUGAAGUUCAAGUAUCUAUGCUGCCAGAUCUUUCUGAAAUGAGUUCCAAUGAACAAACUGCCUGGGAAGAAAUUAUGCAAAUAAAAUCUAUGCCCAUUUCGAUGGCCGAGAAGAAAGAAAUGAAAGCUAAAAUUUUGAAUGAACCAAACCUUCGGCUUCAAGGCUUUGAACAGUUCAAAUGGAAAAGAAGAAAAAUGUUGGAUCACUUUCGAUCACGACUUCAAGAACACCUACAAAAUUUGGAACUGUGGAAAAAUUCAAUGCGAUCCAUAGAGGGUAACUACGGUGUCGGAAUCGUAGCGUAUUUCCUAUUCGUUAAAUGGCUAUUCAUUUUAAACGUAUUACUUUUCGUUUUAAUAUUUUUAUUCAUUAUUUUACCUACUGUUUUACUAGAUAUGAAGAAAGACACGUACUGUCCGAACGCCACAAUCAAUACAUGUUGCGCUCAUAUCUAUUUUAACGAAUCUACUUCUAAUAAUAAUGUACUGCUAGAUCUGAUCCAAGGCACUGGUAUUUUAGAACGAACUUUACUGUUUUACGGAUUUUAUUCAAAUAACGUACUAGAGUACUUGGUUGGAGGAAUCAAGAUGUAUUACAACAUGCCGGUCGCUUAUUUUUUUGUGAUAUUAUCAUGUUUUGUCCUAUCAGUUUUUACCAGUUUAAACGCUGCUGCUAAAGGUUUCAAAGAGCAUCUCAUCGAAGGAGAAGGACAGUUUUAUCAUUAUUGCAACAUGAUCUUUGGAGGUUGGGAUUUCUGCAUACGCAAUGAAAAAGCUGCAAAAAUUAAGCACAAAUUAAUUUAUAACGAACUUAAAGCCGGGGUGGAGACACAGAGAUUGGACGAAGAAAUCCUCAGUCGUACGGUUCAAGAAAAAUACAAAAUUUACUUUUGCAGGGUCAUUGUAAAUACUGUGGUACUCGCUAUUUUAUCCGGCUGUGGUUGUGUUAUAUACUUGGUGUUUACGUUGGCGAAUAAACAGCUCAAAGUAACAACUGAUAAAUAUGCAGAUCUCUUCUAUGAGUUCUUGCCUUCUUUUACGAUUGUAGGACUCAAUAUGGUUAUUCCUCAUCUAUUUUCGUUCCUUAUUACUUUUGAAAAAUACAAACCUCAAACCGUGCUUAAAUUCUCUCUAAUUCGUAUAGUUUUCUUGCGACUGUCGGCUCUUAUCGUACUAUACGCUUCCCUGUGGAGCAAAGUUAGCAACGAAAGAAGUGAUACCAGCUCUUGUACCGUUUACAAUACUGUUCCAGUAUGCUGGGAAUCUUACGUCGGUCAACAAAUAUACAAACUGCUCCUCACUGAUUUUGCUAUACAAAUCAUUAUGAUUUUCAUAGUAAACUCAGUUAGAGCGCUAAUAGCCAGGCACGUUCAAAAUAAAUGUGUCAAAUUUUUCACCGAGCAGUACUUCGAUCUGUCAAAACAUGCACUAGACGUUGUUUAUACUCAAACGUUGAUCUGGUUUGGAAUAUUUUAUGCCCCGCUUAUAUCUUUAAUGGGAGCUUUGAUAUUUUUAAUUAUGUUUUAUAUCAAAAAGUUUGCGUGUACUGUAAAUUGCAAACCCAGUCCGAUAGUAUAUCGCGCUGCGAGGUCCAACUCUAUGUUUAUGUUAGUAUUAUUGAUCUCAUUCGCUUUUGCCGCCAUUCCUUUGGGAUUCUCUUUCUCCGAUUUGACGCCGUCCAAAUCUUGUGGGCCUUUUAGAGGAAGGGCUUCGGUUUGGGAAUUGGCUGUAAGUUUGUUUUUGAAAACUCCAGAUUGGGUUCAGAGCAUUAUAUUCUUCUUAGGUACCGCCGGUUUUGCGGUACCCUGCAUUAUCGUACUGGUGCUUCUCGUUUACUAUUACACAGCUGUUAAUUUGGCCAAUAGACAGUUGGUGGGGGUGCUUAAAAAUCAACUGGUUCUUGAAGGACAUGAUAAACAGUUCCUGUUGGAUAGGCUCAGCUUGUUUAUCAAACAGGAGCAACAGAAAAGACUUAGAUCCGAACAAAAUAGAGAUAAUGGGGAUAAUAGGAGUUAAGGGGAAAUUUUGUGAGAUUAGUUUUAAGGAUACACUUUUAGUCGAGUCAAUGAAGCUAAAAAACAAAAAAUCGUCAAAUCUUCAAAAAUUUCAAGAACAGACCCGAUUUCAAUGAAACAGUUUUUGUGCUACAUAAUUUUUUUGUUUCUAGUUUUCUUGGGGUUUAGGUGUUAUUUGAAGUAACACCUAAAGCGCAAGAAAACUACAAAAACUAAUUAAGGUGUCAGAACCAUAAAAUAUAAGAAUUCCUAAUAAUUUAUGGUAUACCGGAUGACAAUGAGACCAGGGCCACGUUAAUAAAUCUUAUAUUAAUGAAGCAAUUUGGAUAAAAUUUUUGGCAUAUUUUGGGACAUAAUCUAGAAUUGAUCCGUUUUCCAGGAAUGCCCUUAUUUUAUUUUUUAAAUGGACCAUCCUGUACCAAGCCAAAGACAAGAAUCUCACUGAGCUAAGGUAAACAUGCGACAGUAUUCCAGGCAGAAAUUGCAGCGAUACAUCACUGCGCAAAAGAGGUAUUAAGACAGAAGGUAAAUGGAAAAACCAUUGACAUAUACUCAGACAGUCAAGCGACGUUAAAUGCACUCAGUUCUAUGCAAGUACACUCGAAGCUUGUGUGGGACUGUUUGGAAGCUCUAACAGAGCUGGGUAGUCAUAACAGACUAACCUUAGUCUGGGUACCAGGCCACUGAGAACAUAAGGGCAACGAAGAGGCUGAUUUACUAGCCCGAGAAGGAGCCUCAAAGGCUUUUAUUGGCCCAGAACCCUUCUGUGAUGUCACAAAGACAACUACCAGAACAUGUACAAAGCAGUGGAUGUAUAAAAAAUCUCAGGAGUGGUGGAAAAAUUCACCAGGACAGAGACAGGCCAAAGAGUUCUUAAAAGGACUAUCGCCUAAACUCACCGAGCAUCUACUAAGCCUUAAUAGGAAAAAUACUAGAGUACUAGUAGGUCUAGUAACAGGGCAUUUUAGGCUUAACAAACAUGUAUCCUCAAUGAAAUAUUGGGAACAGGCUACUACUGUGUGCUCGAGAACUGGUCUAAUGUAGGAUUUAUACAUCAUCAAAACAUCUCCUCAGUGAUAUGACUAAAUGACCAACUUAUUUAGAUACAUCGUAGUAUUUGCCCUCUUUACUACCUUUUCAACUAUGCUGUCCAUUUAACGUCUAAUGCAAUGGUGACUCCUAAGUCAUUCUGUUUAUCUGUAGCUGCUAGUUGGUUAUUGUGGAGACUCUAUUCAAGACGGGGCUUAUUUGAACCUAGGUGGAGUACACAGCAGGUGGUCCAUCUUUUCAAAGUAUCUAUUUCUUAGUGAGCUGCCCGUGUUGAAUUGUGUCAUCUGUGAAGUGACUAACUGUGCACGUCAUAUUUUGGGAGAGAUCUGAGAUGUAUAUUAUAAAUAGUAGAGGCCCGAUGACCUAUCCUUGGGGAACACCCCUAAUCAUGAGGCGACUACUUGAAUGGCUUUUAUUUGUUCUACGGUCGCAUUGGAGGCGAUCUUAAACCUCACCCCUUUACAUUUAAUGAUAGAGAAUGUGGCAAAAAGGACACGAUAUAUGAUGAUCAGGAACGGAGUAAACAGACGAGAGUCUACUAGCUUCAGGACCAAAGAUACUUGGGAUAUGCCCCAGGAUGAAAUAAAUAAAAAAGUAGUUUUGUGAAAAACUUCAAAACCACAGAGCUGGGCUAUUCAGUGGUAUACAGAUGGUUCCAAAACCAUAGAAGGAACUUACAUAAAUGGUACUCAAUAGGUGCCAUUUAAAAAGUGAUAUUUUGGUAAAAACAUGUUUAAGAAAUUAUUUUUUCUGAUAUUUAUUUUUACUUCAAUUGGUAAAAUAUCUUUUGUUUCGAGUUUUUAGAGGAUACUAGAACAUUAUUUUCCAGUUCAUGGCCUUCUAACCUUAAAAAAAAAUUAAACAAAAAAAAAUGAUCCAUUUAAAAAAUUAAACUUAUAGCAUUUCCGGUAAAACCGGAAGUCGGCCAUAAGUAUAAGUGUCAAUUCGAAAUAACGUCUAGUAUGUUUGUCUCAAAUUUGAUCCAAAUUAGGCA